AUGCAGAUUACUGUCGUUCCCGCAUCGCCCAAAACAGGACAAGCCUCAAUCAGAGCUCUAUUGGAGAGCGCGGGGGAACAUACAAUAACGGGCGUCUACCGGAAUCUGGACAAGGUACCUUCCGAGUUCAAGGGGCAUCCCCGGUUCAGGGCCGUCAAGGGCGACGUCGCGAAUGUCGGGACUCUCAACUUCUCCGGCGCCGACGCCGUGGUUACGAUCACGCCGCCGCUGUACUCCGAGUCGAAGCCCAUACAGAGAGCACGAGAGAUGGCGGCGAAUGUGAAGUACGCCGUCGGCAGGGCGAAUGACUCUGUGAAGCGGUUGGUGUAUGUGUCGAGCGUUGGCGCUCAAUAUGAGCAUGGCACGGGUGAACUGAAAACGAAUUACGAAGCCGAGCAAGCACUUGUCGCGGCGGCUCCCGAAGUUGUCUUCAUCCGAUGCGCCUACUUCAUGGAGAACUGGGCGUCGGCGGUUGAGACAGUAAAGACCGAUUCGCCGUUCUUUUACUCAGUAAUAGCCCCAGAAGAUUACAAGAUACCAAUGGUUUCAGUAGAAGAUAUCGGCAGGACAUGCGCGGCGCAAGUCCUCGCGGCUGGCUCACCGUUGAGUUACAAUCCUUACAUAUUCGACCUUCACGGCCCCGAGGCUUACUCGACUCGAGACUUACAAAAGGUUUUCGAGGACAAGUUGGGGAAACCAGUCCAGGCGAAACUGGUCACGGACGAUCAGCUGGAAGGGUUCUUCGCGCAGGCUUUCCAGCCGCCUGUGGAUGGUAUGUUCGUUGAGAUGACUAGGAGCUUUCUGCCUGGUGGCAUUGCGGUGGAUAUGAUGGAAGGAUCGCGGGUGCAAAGAGGGAGAGUGACUCUGAGUGAAGCCAUCGGGAAGAUGGUGACUGGUUGA